GCUUGCCGAAGGAAAUACUACACGCCGCCAUCAAGCAUGACGAAGGUGGAAAUUCCGCUCAAAAGCAAAUCCGACCCAUCGGAAACAUUCAUUCAAAACGAGAAGGACGUUGAGGUGCGGGUACGGGCACCGAAAAAGGUGUUGCAUUUUAGCGAUGGAACGUUGGAAGAGUUUAGUGACGAUGAGGAGGACCAGGUUGAUAAACCGGAACCAGCUCCAGUGGAUGAGUCCAAACUGAACUGGAGCGAAUGGAUGCGAUACAAAACGUGCAAAUUGGGUAGCACGGUGCUGGCCGGAUGUGAUUACGUGGGCGAAGGACUAGCAUCGUUCCUGGGCAUUACGACACCGAAGUACAGCUACGAGAUUGAGGAAUUCAAACGGAUGCAAGCGGAACAGCAGGCCGAAGACCGUGCCAUUCAAACGUUCGUGGAACAAAACCGUCCUCAGAACAGUAUUUCGGAAGCACCGUCCGCCACAAACACAACGACAAGCCCAACGAGCAAAGACAGCAGCGAAGUUUGCGUGGAAAACGAAAUUCAAAAAUUUUGAAGCAU